AUGUCUUCUGUCAAGGCCCAGUCCAUGACAUCCACCCCCCUGGCCAGCGUUCCGGGCAACGCCACCACAGGUCUGAACGCUCUCCCCACGGGCUUUCCCGCCAGCGUCGAUGGCGAGAGUGUCUGGAUUGGAGCCAGGAUCUCUGACGGGGACUACGUCUAUCAUCUCACCAAGGCCGAUCUUGCUGAGAUCUACAAGGCUGUUAUUGCCUUCAAGGAACUUGGGCUCGAUGGGUCCCAGAUCAAUGUAAAUACGUUUCGAUUACCCACGCUUGGCCCGAAGCUUGUGGAGCUCAGUCUGGACGUCCACAACGGCCGCGGGUUCUCUGUCAUACGUGGAAUAAACCCUGGAGACUACAGUGUCGAGGACCUCACCAUCGCCUAUAUGGGCGUCUCCUCAUACGUUGCCGACAAGCGAGGUUGCCAGGACAAGCUUGGCAAUAUGCUGGUCCAUAUUGUUGCCACCAAGGCCAACGACAAGCACCAUCGCCACUCUACAGAUCCUAUUACCUUUCACAACGAAGAGGCCGGAGACAUUGUUUCCUGGCUCACUCGAGGAGCUGCCGCUGCCGGUGGCAAGUGCGUGAUUGCAUCCGCCGCAACCGUCUACAACGUCCUGGCUGCCACCCGCCCUGACCUUGUCCGAGUCCUCUCGCGGGGUGACUGGCCGUUCGCGCUCCCCCGAUAUCAGUGCCGCCCUGUUCUAUUUCACGAGAGUGGCAAGCUUAUCAUGAAUUUUGGCCGUGCUCCUCUCCUGGGAUCGGCUGCUCACCCCCGCAAGACUCGCCUGCCUACUCUUAACGCACAACAGAUUGAAGCCCUGGAUGCCAUCGAAGCGAUCGCUCGCGCCACUGAGUUCCAAUUCGCCACCCAGGCCGGUGACAUUCACUUCAUCAACAACCUGUCCGUUCUUCACCGUCGUGAUGGCUUUGUCAACGACGGGGCCUCCCAGCGACAUCUGGUUCGCAUGCGUCUGCGGAGUUCCACACUCGGCUGGUCUAUCCCCCCGAGUCUGAGCCGGGAAUGGUCCGAUGCUUUUGAAAAGCAGUCCGACAAGGUGUGGCACAUUGAGCCGAUGCCCGAACAUUUUGUGCCUCUACGAAAGCACCCCAACUGA